AGGGCGUUUUCAGGACAGGCGCCAUCUUGGACCGAAAACGAGGCUGCUCCUUUCUUUUUCCACCGCCCGCUUCAACCGUCCCCAGGUUCUUACCAGCCGGAGGCAAACAGUGGUGUUUAGACGAGGGAGAAGCCGAGAAGUGGAGGGGGCUGGAGACAAAAGGGGCUUGCAUUCGUCCCAUGAUGGCUGCUGCCCCCACCCUCACCUGCAGCGACGACAGAGACAGCCUCCCUUGCGCUGCACCUGUCCCCCUUCCACCCCCGACUCCCCAAGGCUUGGUCCCCGGGCCUGAGGUGGUUCUCACCCCCGAGCGAGCCUGUGUGGGGAGGCCGGGGGGCGGGAUCCUUCGGCGACCCCAGCAGGGGAAAGCAACCCGUAGACAGGUAAGUGGGAGGUGGGAGCAUGAGGAGGAAAGGGGGUCUGUCAGCUCGGUUCGUUUCCGUCUGGGAUCCAAAUCUGACGACAUCGGCCUGGUCCUCCCGGAUCCCCCGCAGCCUGGAACGGAGGUUGCCCUCCCUCCGAGGCGGGGAUCCAGGUCGGACGAUGUCAGGAUGGUCAGCCUCGAUCCCCCGAAGCCCACCGUGGAGGUGGUCCACAGCACUGCAGGAGAAUCUCCCAUCACCAUCACGCUGCAGAGAGAGCCCUCCCUGAGUCCUGCAGGGGAGGAGAAGGAGGAAGAAGAGGGAUCGCGCCAGCCCCGCAACCUGCUGGCCGGCCCCGUUCCCCACAGCACUCUUGCCCUGGUGGCGGAGGUGCGUGCCGUGCGGGAGCAGGGCUUCAAUGCCCGGCAGGCGGCUGAGCAACUGGUGCAGCGCUCUUUCGUCGCUCGUUGCGCCGUGGAAGCCCGGGCUGGCGAGGGCAUGAACAUCCGUCGGGAGCAACAACUCUAUCAAGGCCUCGUCAGCCUGGAAGUGCCAGAAGUUGAACUGCUCAGCUCAGCCGUGCAGGAGAAACUCGCCCUCGUCCGGACCCGUCCUGAACCCAGGAAGGAGCUGGAUUGCACAGGCCCCGACCUCCUGGCCUUCUACGACCCGGAGCAGCUGUUCACAGAGAGCCCCUUCCUGGAGGUGGAGGGGCUGCCCCCCCUGAAGCUGCAGCCUCGGACGCGGGACCCAGCCACCACUUUCUUCAUGUACCGGAAGCAGCGCCAGUGGGACACUUAAACGGC